CAUCAUCAUCAUCAUCAGCUCGAGACGUUUGUUAUGGUACCCAAGAAGAAGAAGAAGUCCUCGUCGCUCGCCCUUAUAAUUUUCCUUCCCUGGCACUGCCCUGGACGUGUCACCGGCGGGAGGGAGUGACAGAAUAACGAGGAGAUUAAGGAAAAGCUUGUCUUAUAGGGCUGAGUCAGCAGCAGACAGGACAGCAGCAAGGAGAAGAGCACCAGCAAGAUGUCUGCGUCACUCAUCAACUUUGAGAGUGCCCGGGAGAAGGAGCAGCAGCGGCAGUUUGAACGGAAGGCGCGGAAAGCCAUCCUGGAGAAGGCCCAGCAGGAGUAUGAGGUACGGGAGGAGCAGCAGGAGGCAGCGCGGCAGCGGGGCGAACACACGUGGAUGCUGCCGUCAGUGGAGGCCCGGCUUGACCAGGACCCCGACGCAGCCAGGAAAAAGAAAAAGAAGAAAAAGGACAAGAAGAAGAAAAAGAAGAAGGAGAAAAAGGCCAAGAAGAGCAAGAGGAAGGAUUCGUCGUCCUCGAGCAGUGACAACGAGGGGGAUGAGGAGGAGGGCGGUGAGGCUGUGUGGAUUGAAAGCUCCUCCUCAUCAGCUGCCCCCAAACCCCUUCCCAGCCAGCAGCUUCUCCCUAAAGGCCCUGCCCCCCCACUGCCCCCACCCCCUCAGGAGACUGCCACAGGGGAGGGCUUGAAGCGGGAUGGCUGGAUGGAGAUGACGUCCCUCUUUGGCACCUUCUCCCGUGAGCAAAUGCGGGAGCGUGACGGCACCAGCAGGAAGAAGGCCAAGGAGGAGGAGGAGAGGAAGAAGAGGGAGGCAGCAAAGCCAGGAUCACACGCCCGAGAGCUGAACCCAUACUUCAAGGAUGGAGGGAUGGGACUGCCGGAGGAAGAGCGUAAGCCAUCACCCGCAGCCACGCAGACGACAGGGCUGGACACUGGCUGGCUGAACCGAGCCCUGCAGCGCGCCAAGGAGCAGGCCACAGCGGAGGGCAGGACGCUGGACGAGGUGGCGGCUGAGCGAUGGGGGUCCCUGGCAAGAUUUAACGACUUACUAGCAGAGGCAGAAGGGAGAGGAGGAGGAGGAGGAAGGGGGAAGCAGAGAGAGAACGAUGAUGCAAGAAACCAGAGAUGGAGAAGAAACAGGAGGAGCAGGAGCAGGAGCAGAGAGAGAGACCACAGAAGGAGAAGCAGAAGCAGAGACAGGAACAGAGACCGAAGGAGCAGGAGUGGGAGUCAAGAGAGAGAGAAGGACAGAGUAAGAAGAAGGAGCAGAAGCAGAAGUAGAAGCCAAGAUAACGAGAGAAGCAGAAGACGACGACACAGCAGUAGUAGCAGCAGUAGUAGUAGUAGCAGUAACAGCAGGCACAGGGGCAAGACAGGGGACAGGAAGCCAGACCAUCACCCAAGAGAAAACAGCAGUACCAGGUUCUCCCAGAAAUUCCUCAGGCCCCCAGAAGAGUCACCCAAGAGCAGUGGGCUCUCCAUGCGAUUCCAGAAGCCAGGGGAGGAAAAUAACACAGCAAGGGGUGCCAGCUGGUCUGCCCACCGAGGCCCCUCCAGCAGCAGCAGCAACAGGUGGCAGAAGAAGGAACACAGACAGCCACCCAAGGAGCAGCAGAGGCCACGUUCUUCCUCCUCCUCUUCCUCUUCUUCCAGUGACUCCGAUCAUGACACCAACACCACAGCCACAGCAAGAGGAGAGCAGAGAGAAGAAGCACCCACCACCACCACCACCACUACAGCCACUCCUAAACAGCCACCCUCCAGCACAGCGCCUCCCACCACGGCUCCUCUCACAGACAAGGAGAUGAACGACCUGGGUGCCAAGAUCAUGAAGGCCGAGCUGGUGGGGAAUGAGGCUCAGGCGGCCAAGUUGAAGUCCCGUUUGGAGGCCGCCAGGGCCGUGCGGGCGGCUGGGAGUGGAGUGGCCUUGGGAGGGAAGGUGGAGGACGGCGGACCCUCGGAGCAGGUGGUUGUCCUCACCCGCACAGACAGCAGAGGGAUAAGUCGGCCAGUCAUGGGAGCAGACGAGGCAGAGUCUGGCCGAGGGAAGAAGAGGACGAAGGUGAAGACCCAUGGGAAGGACGGGCAGAGGGUGAGGUACUUCCCUGAUGACGACCAACACAGCCUCAAGAAUAUGUUUGAGAAGGAGAAGGGAACCACGGCUGACGACCAGAACGCCAUGUUUGAGAAGGCGGCGAUGAUGAACCCAGAGCGACUCAACGACGAGUACGACAUCGAUGACAUGUUCAUGAGCAAGGCGGCGCUGAGGGACAGCACCGCCAAGCAGGCUGAGAGGGACAAGAAGAAGGCCAUACAGGAGCACCAGAGGGUCGAGCGGUCCCUUGAGUCCUGCCAGUGGUGCUUCGACAGUAAGGAGAUGCCCAAACACCUCAUCGUGGCUCUGGGGACGAAGUGUUACGUGAGCCUGCCAACCCACCAGUCGCUCACCCCCGGCCACUGCUGCAUCGCCCCCAUCCACCACAUCAGCUGCUGCGUCCAGGCGGAGGAGGACCUGUGGGCUGAGGUUCAGAGUUUCCGAAAGUCUUUGGUGCAGAUGUUCAACUCCCGCGGCGAGGAUUGCAUCUUCUUUGAGACGGCCAAGCGGCUGCGGCACUUCCCCCACAUGGUGUUACAGUGCGUGCCGCUGCCCAGGGAGACCGGCGACAUGGCUCCUGUAUAUUUCAAGAAAGCCAUCAUGGAGUGUGAGCGCGAGUGGGCCCAGAACAAGAAGCUGGUGGAGCUGAAGGGCCGGGAUGUGCGCCGCGCCGUGCCCAAGGGAUUGCCAUACUUCUUCGUGGACUUCGCUAUGGACGCCGGCUUUGCGCACGUUAUUGAAGAUGAGCAAGAGUUCCCCAACAACUUCGCUCAGGAGAUUGUCGGUGGCAUGCUGGACCUGGAGAACAACCUCUGGCGCAAACCCCGCCGUGAGAACUUUGAGACCCAGCGGCGGAAGGUGAUGGAGUUCAGCCGCUGGUACAAGGAGUUUGACCCCACACAGGAGGGUUGAAGGGGUGUGGAGGAGGGGGAGGAGGGUGCACUGAGGAUGUGGAUGAGACUGUACUUCAUCUUCUCUUUAAAAGGGUGAGUUUUGGAAGGAUGACGACAUCUAAAUGCUGAUGAAUGAUGAAAUAAGAAGUUUAAUUAUGUGCCAGACAGUUGAAUUGGUGCAGAGGGGGAGAAAGGGGCUCUGCUGGUGUUGAUGAGAUUGUACUUCAUCUGCUCGUUAAAAGGGUGGGUUUGAGUAUGAUGGCAUCACCUGUAUAGCGAUGAAUGAUGGCGUAAGUAGUAGUUUGACUAUAGGGAGGCUAGACUCAGGAAGGAAGGAAUAUUCUGGAAGGGAAAGUUUGCUUGUGGUGUUCUAUAUAAGGUUGAAUUCUGUUGACGUGUUGCUAUUUAGUGAUGAGUGAAGACCAAAUGUUCCAGUUUGCAUACCAGCUGAAGGGGUGGAGGAAGAGGAGGAGGAGGAGGAGGAGGAGGCUCAGCAUGUUUUGAAGGAGUGAUCAUAACCAGGUGUUCUUUUUAUGAGUGGUUCAUCUUAUAAUGGUUUGCUUUAGUAAUGAAACGUUAUCUUGGGCAUCACUGACUUGGCUUCCCAUAAAAGCAAACAAAGUUUAGUUCCAGGAAACACUAAACAUAUACAUAUACGUGGUCAGGGGCAGGCGUGUCACUCAGUCAGGAUGUGUGUUAAGGGCAGGAGGGAUAUCAGGAACAGAGAGCACGAGAUUAUGUAGUUAAAGAUCAUUUCCAAACUUCAAAAUUUAUCUUGACCAGGUAUUAUAUGUUUUUUGAGGGAGGCUUCACCUCCUUAGUCCCUUGCAAAUAUUACCUUGAGGUCAAUGAAAUGGGUUUCACCACAUUUUUGUGCUUCGCAGCAUAAGCCAUGAGAUCAAUAAUUUGAUUUCAUGAACCACAACCAAAGACUUCAUUAUUGUCUGUGGCCAGUGUUGUGAAGAUUUUUUACACUUUUCCUUGGUGUUCCCUUGAAGUAGCUGUCUGUUACUCUGCACUCCACUGUGUACACCUAGGGACUCCACUCCACUCUACAGAAAGUGUAUUUACCAUGCUAAGCAAGGAACAAGUGCUUAUCUUUACUUGCAAUAUAGCAGUGAUUCAGACAUUACAUAGGUCCCAUGACCUCCACCCAACAAUUAUCAUCAAAAACAAUGUCACAAAACCUGAAGGUUUCAGGUUAUGCCUUCAAUAUUAAAAAUCUUUUAUAGAUCUGGAAAGAUUGCUACAGGUUCUAAUAUUUGGACAAGUUAAUUUAUGUAUCUAGCAGCAAUUUACAGCUGUGUGUCCUCUGCCAGCCAGUGUCUGUUAAAAGUGUUUUGUCAAGAUAAUAACAUUGUUAUUUUGUAAGUUGUUAACAGCAGUUAAUACUGCUGGGCUGUAAAUGUUCCUGCAUGGGACAUAUUUUUUAUUUGUAUUGUUUGCUGUGCAGAACAAAAUCCUUGCAUUAUGUAAGAAAGAAAAAGGAGUAAUUAUUUGUAUCAUAGGCUCAGAGGAAGUAAAAAAGUUGAAAGUACAAACAUGUUUAUAU